GGAGGAGGAGAGCCAGACUGCAGUGUUGUUAGUUUGAACAAAAUGGCUGCGAGACCGCUGUCAAAGAGAGCCUACUGAACGCCUACCGUGAGUGUCUGCUCCACCGUCUGGAUCCACAGAGAAUGUAUUUUUUGGAGCCGUUACUCACUCUGGAUUCGCGGUAGCCAGCCCGUCCCUAGUCGUCCAAGCGACGACUUAGACGAUAACAUUUCUUUUGCACUUUAAAACAAGUUGGCUGGCUGGCUGACAGACGACUGUCGGCUUGCUUACCGAUAACUCAUUGGCAAAUUUUUUUUUAACGAAAACUGCCCGAAUUCUCCGGUUUUUGCAUAACCUCGCAACAGUCGACGACUGCCAACGUCAACCAGCUAACAAUAGCUUGCAUAAUUUAGCUGCUUUUAAAGUCUUUUAUUCGUUUUUUUGUUUGUGUUAUUACUAGUGGUGCUUGUUCGACCCCCUUCCCCGCCCCCAGUUAUAUUGUGACGUUUUAACAAACUGUUCUUUUUUUGGCGUGUACAAAAUUUGCUGCCUAUUUUUUAUUGCAUUUUUUUUCUUUUGCUUAUAUAAGCAGAAAUUACCGUACUUGCUGUGUAUAUAUCUGGCUGAAUAGCCGUUGUUUACCUCGAUAUUCUGACACCAAGCUGCUUCAGCAGCAGCAGUCGGCUUACCAAUCAAGUCUGACGUCUAAAUCUUUGCUCCAUCUCUUCUUUACGGGUAUCUAAAAAUAGAUAAAUAAUAAAAACAAAAACGUCGGAAAUACUUUUUUUUUCUGCCAUGCACAGAAUCUUCGUUAAUAAGCGGCCAAAGCUGUGAUUAAUGCAAGCUGAGAGAAGCUAGCGACACAAAAAAAGACAACCAUUUGAUGGAAGAAAACAGAAGGAAAUAUCAAGAGGAAAAGACCAAGAAGGACCUUGCUCAAAAAAAGGCUGCUGAACAGAAACCCAAAGUGCCAGAGCCUGCUCCCACUAAGCCCAGUCCUGGUCCAUCUCACCACCUUCACCCUACCAGCCCCACGCUGCCCCUUUCCUCCUCCUCUUCUUCUUCUGGCAAUGGCAAGCGCCUCCCCUGCAGUAGCCAACUCUCGACUCCGACUCCCCCUCAGCAGCAGUGCCAAUUGUCCCCUGCCAGUACCCGCUAUCCGGCCAGAGAAGUCCCCCCACGCUUCCGUCAGCAAGAGCAGAAGCAGCUAUUGAAGAGAGGCCAGCCCCUGCCUGCGGGAGCCCUCGGCGCUUUCACUCUCUCCUCUUCCUCCCCCGCCUCUUCUUCACUCUCGUCCUCUAACUCCUCUUCUUCUACAAGUACCAGCAGUGCUACCCUAGACUCGGCCACAUCUCCUGCCAGCAAACACCACCCAGACACAUCCCUCCAUACGGGUACUGGUACCCAGCAUGAGGCCUCUCCUUGGAGAGCUACUGUACCAGUUGAUAGCACCAAUAGUUGGGACAAAGUGAUCAUUGACAGAAGUGAAACAGAAGAUUGGCCAUCGAUAAGCCGUAGCAGUGAACCCAUCCACCUUGCCACACCGGAAUGCCCCUUGAGCUCAGCUAGCUGUAAUCUAGACACCAGUGUUGUCACUUCUUCUGGACACGGUUUUCUGAGCAUGGCCACUGGUACUGCAGGCCAGCAGGCCCUCUACAACUCUCUCAAAGCAAACAAUAACAUGAUGACAGGACCUGUGUCAACUAACACAUUGGCAUGUAACAGAGGCUGGGGCUCAGAUGUGAAGCAAGAUGGAAUGAAUGGUGGCAGAGCUGGAAUCCCCAAUAGCUGGGGAUCACCAAAUUUCAACUUGAACUUGAAUCCUAAUGCCAAUCCGUCAGCCUGGCCUGUUCUGGGCCAUGAAGGUGCUGGGAAUAGUGGCCCCAAUGUUAUGAACAAUCCUUCCUCGCUUCCACCAGGCAUAAAUGGAAAUGUGGGAAAUGCAAAUGCAGAUAAUGGAAGUGGAGGUUGGGUUAGCAUGAUCAGUGCUAAUGAAAAAGAUCAACAGCACUCUUCAACCAACACAAAUUUAUCUUUCAACAUGGAUCCUGUUAACCUUAACACCGAUGGACCAAACUACGGUAAACAGCCACAACAAGCUCAGGAGCCUAUGAGCCCAAUCCAUGGCCUAACUGGCUGGGGAGGCCAGUCACCAACUGAGUCAUCUCAGCUCAAUGGUGACACAACAGGCAGCUCUGUAUGGGGUAUUGGAGAAACUAAGGCAGCUGAGUCUACUAAGGACUCCAACUGGGAAUCAUCUGCCUCCAAAAACCUUUCUGCCUGGGGCCGCCAAGGCAGUGGUGGAGGAACUAGUGGAAAUGGCGGUUGGGGUGAGUGGGGCAAGUCCUCUGGUGGUGAGGUAUCUAAAGGCUGGGACUCAAUUGAUGCUGGUAGCACUGGUUCUGGCCAGGAGCAGCAACUUGGCUCGUGGGGAAAGCAUUCUGGAACUCCCCCAGCCAGUGAAGGUAGUGGGGACAGCAGUGAAGGUCGAUCCCGUAGCAGAGACAGAUCCUCCAGCAUGGAUUUUGCCCCCCCUUUGCUACCUCGACAGGACCUAGAUCCCAGAGUGCUAAAUAAUUCAGGCUGGGGACAGACCCCAAUCCGACAGCACACUGUAUGGGAGAUGGAAGAAGCCAGUUCUGAUGAUGGAAAAAGCAAUAGCAGCUCAGACACCAUAGUAGGUUCCAGCUCUAUUGGUGGACCUUCAUCAACCAGUGGAGGUAAUAUCAACUCUAACACUGGGCCCAGCCAGAGGCCUGGUCCCGGAGGAAAAAAUGACAGUGAAGGAUCUUCAUCCUCUGGCUGGGGAGCCACUUCACCUCAGUCAAUUCAGACUGGGUCUGGUUGGGGAGACCCCCCACCUAUACUUAACAAAGCAUCAAAUUGCACAGCCAGUGGCUGGGAUGACUCUUUACCUACAAGUGGUUCUAAAAGUGGAGGUACCCCGUCCUGGGGUACUGAAGAUAAGUCACCCAGCUGGGAUGACAGCCCAAUGAAAAAUCAGUCCACAAGCUGGGGGGAGGCCCCCAAAAACUCAAGUAGUUGGGGCAAUAGUAAUGGGAGCUCUAAUGGAUCUGCCACAGGGGAGUGGGGAGAGCCAGAAGUAAAAAACAAUGGGUCUUCCAGUAGCAUGUGGGAAGGGGAAGGCGGAAAUGGAGGAACAGGUGGAUGGCAAGAAAGCCCAAAAAGAGGUGGUAGAGGGGGUGGCGGAUGGGCUAAGCCAUCUCCCCCUAUAAGUAAUAGUAACUGGGUGGAAUCUUCACGUACCAAUGGUCCAGUACAGGGAAACUGGGGCUCCUCCAAGCCACAGGAAAGCAGCAGCAGUGGCAGCAGUACCGGCAGUGGAGGAUGCGUCAGCAUUGGUUCCUGGGGUGGUCCGGGCUCUGUGAAGCAAGGCAACUCUAGCUGGGGAAACGUAAGCAAACAGGACCAGGUUAUGGAGCCUACUGGCUGGGAGGAGCCCUCUCCUCCUUCCAUCCGUAGAAAAAUGGAGAUAGACGAUGGAACAUCCACCUGGGGGGAUCCUACUGCAUACAGCAAAACUGUCAACAUGUGGGAUCGUAACAACCCAAAUAAUAAUCCAAGCAACAGUGGCCCACCUGCCAGCAAGAACGGUGGAAUGAUUAUGCCGAACAAUAACAACAAUCACCAUCACGCUCAUAACAUGCAUCACCAUGCGCAUCAUGCUCAGCCCUCAAGUCAUCUUCAACACCGUGCAAACAAUAAUGGGUCACCAAGCACUGCAGCUUCUCAUCCAGGUGUGGGCGCCCAGGGUAGACCCUCUGUGGCCAAUCCAGGUUGGGGAGAACUCCCCAAUGUUCAACCCAAGUCGGAACCUGCUUGGGGAGAGCCAGCUGCGCCAACAUCGACGGUUGACAAUGGUACCUCUGCUUGGGGUAAGCCCCCAGGUAGUGUAGGAGGUUGGGGAGAUGGUGGCCAUGAGCAUUCUAGCCUCUAUGUCAGGGCCAAUGGACCAUCAGGUUCUGCACCUUGCAAAACAGGCCCCAAACCUAUGCAAGAUGGCUGGGGAAGUGGAGGGGAAGACAUGAGUAUGUCUUCUGGCCAAUGGGAUGCUGAGGAUGGGGAUGUAUGGAAUAGCCCCACGCCCCAGGAGAACAGUUCCUCUUGUAACUCCUGGGGCAACGGACCCAAGAAAUGUCCAAGCAAGGGGAAGAUUGGCAGCAAGCCAGAUGAGGCCUGGAUCAUGAACCGUCUCAUUAAACAGCUCACUGACAUGGGCUUUCCGAGAGACCCUGCUGAGGAGGCACUGAAGAGCAACAACAUGAACCUUGACCAGGCCAUGACGGCCUUGCUCGAAAAGAAAACUGACCUAGACAAGCGGGCCAUGAGCAUUUCUGAAUAUAGCAAUGGCAUCAACAAGACACUUAUUUGUCGGCCCUCUGCACUCUCCAAAGAAUCCUCCGAUCGCGCCACCUUUCUAGACAAGGAUAGCGUCCUGUCAGAAGACGCCCCCUCAUCACCGUUUUUGCCUUCCCCCAGCCUGAAGCUCCCCCUGGCCAACAGUAGCCUUCCCGGCCAGAGUCUGGGACAGGGCAACCCGGGACUGGCAAUGCAAAACUUGAACAACAGACAGAUACCCAGUGGAAUGUUUGGCAGUAGUGGAGCAGCACAAACCCGGGCCAUGCAGCAGCAGCCUCCUCAGCCACCAGUGCCACCUCUCAGCUCCUCCCAGCCGAGUCUACGUGCUCAAGUGCCUCAGUUUCUCUCCCCUCAGGUCCAAGCACAGCUCUUGCAGUUUGCAGCAAAAAACAUUGGUCUUAACCCUGCACUUUUAACCUCACCAAUAAACCCUCAACAAAUGACCCUGUUGUACCAACUUCAGCAGCUGCAAAUGGCUUACCAGCGUUUACAAAUCCAGCAGCAGAUGAUGCAGGCGCAGCGCAAUGUUUCCGGCCCAAUUAGGCAACAAGAGCAGCAAGUUGCACGUACAAUCACCAACAUGCAGCAGCAGAUCCAGCAGCACCAGCGUCAGCUGUACCAGGCGCUGCUGAUGAAGCAGCAGCAACUUCCCUCUCAUUCCUCUUCGUCCUCUUCUUCUGCUGGUCUGCAUCCCCCUGGUGGCCCGACAGUAGGCCCUGGCUCUGGAAAAUCAACCCUGGACCCCUUCACAGGCCCACACCAGACUCCAGGCCUCACUGACACACUGCACACCAAAGAGCCACCUUCUCCCCCCAAUACCUACAGCACCUACCCUCUAUCUGGACUGAAUCCAAACAUGAAUGUAAACGUCAUGGAGGUUGGAGGUCUGUCCAUGAAGGAGCCCCCCCAGCCCCAGUCUCGCCUGUCCCAGUGGACGCACUCUAACUCCAUGGACAACUCCUCCAACUUGGAGAACAACCUCAGUAAGCAUGGUGCCAUAUCUGCUGCCUCCAGCCUGGUCUCUCCUGGGAAGCCUCCCCAGCUGGAGGACUCGUACAGUCCUUACAAUUUAAUGUCUAACUCAGAGUCGCCCACCAACCCCCUGGUGCCUCCAGACAGCUGGGGUCAAGGCAAGAGCCCAAACGAAAAAAUCUCUAAUGGGACCAACAUUAACUGGCCUCCAGAGUUUUGCCCCGGCGUGCCAUGGAAAGGCCUGCAGAACAUCGACCCUGAAACUGACCCCAACAUGACCCCCGGCAGCGUCCCCAGUGGCCCCACCAUCAACACCAACAUCCAUGACGUCAACCGAUACCUGCUGCGAGACAGGAAUGGAGCUACAUCUCCAGCCUCUGCACUUCAGAAUGACUCUCUACCUCCAACUACCAGUGAUCGGCCAAUCAGUGGUUUUUCUAGCUCAUUCAGUCUGUCAUCCUGUGAUGGAUACAGCUCAGGUAAACUGUCUGAAAUGAAGUCAACCUGGUCCUCGGGGCCCAUAUCUCAGAGCCAAGGCUCCUUAUCACACGAGCUGUGGAAAGUACCUCAGGGUCCCCGCAGCACCACUGCUCCAUCUCGGCCCCCACCAGGGCUCACCAACACCAAGCCCUCUACCUCUUGGAGUGGCAACUCUCUGGGCCUGACUCAAGGCUGGAGUGGCUCAUAUUCUUCAGAGGGAACGGCGUGGAGCACUGACACUUCAAACCGGACCAGCAGCUGGCUGGUGCUGAGGAAUCUCACCCCACAAAUUGAUGGCUCCACACUUCGGACGCUGUGCAUGCAGCAUGGCCCCCUGAUCACAUUCCAUCUCAACCUGACCCAGGGCAAUGCUGUGGUGCGCUACAGCUCCAAGGAUGAGGCUGCAAAGGCCCAGAAGUCCCUGCACAUGUGUGUGCUCGGAAACACCACAAUCCUGGCGGAGUUUGCCGGGGAGGAGGAGGUUAACCGCUUCUUUGCACAAGGCCAGUCGCUAGGGGCAACCACCACAAGCUGGCACGCCAACCCGGGACCCAAUCAGAAUCGGAUGGGCGGAGCAUCCCAGUCCCACUCAAUCGGCCAGUGGAGCAGCGGGGCAGGCGGGGGGAAAGCUAACGGCGGAGAUCUGCUGUGGGGAGGUGUGCCCCAAUACUCCAGCCUGUGGGGGCCGCCCAACGGCGAGGACGCGCGCGUGAUUGGGAGCCCCACCCCAAUUAACACCCUGCUGCCUGGAGAUCUGCUGAGUGGAGAGUCCAUGUAGGAGGAUGCCAUGGUUACACUAACUCCCCCUCUGUGGUAUGGGGCGGGGGCCAAACGUUAUCAAACUCCAAAACAAAAACGGUUCCGAAUAAGCAAGAGCAAAACCCAAGCAAAUCAUGUGGCGAUAAUCAGUAUCAGUUUGAACUGUGUGAACUGUGAAUUGUGAAUCAGAGGGCCGGGGCCCCCCAACAUAGAACUGAAGGCCCUGGACCCUCUGGUUUACUGUGCUUGUUUCUUAUUAGAAGGAAAACAAACCUUUUCUUUUCUUUCCUUACGAUGCACCAUAUAAAAAACAAACUGAAAUUAGACGCAAACACAAAGAAAUCUUUUAAGUGUUUUAGCUGAUUUCCAUAAAUAUACAUGACAUUCUUUGUGAAGUGUUUUUAGAAGAAGCAAUCAAAGCUGCCAUCUGAGACUUUUCCUUUACCCUCAAGAAGAAGAAGAAAAAUCAUCCCAAAAUAACACCUAAAACAACCAUUCCCAGCAUAUUCAUGGCCAAUGAUAUACUUCAGAGACCUUUAAUAGUUGUGUUAAUGUUUGUUUCUUAGCACUAAUAUUAGCCUUAAGUGCUCUCUGGCCCAAGUCCUUCCCAAGCCGCCUUUUUUAGUUCCUUUUGUAACAGAAGAAAUAGCUGAAAUCUUGCACAGUUCACCUCUGAGCCAACAAGUGGUACAGAAGACAACUGCUGACCAACCGUAUCUCUGGGCAGGCAGAAGGCCUGGCCACCACUGGCACUACCAAUCAUCUGCUCAGUUACUUUGUCUCAAAGGGGUUGACACAGUUGUUGGACAUUCUUUUGUUCGGACAGAAGCCCAGCAAAACCUUUCUGUUCCGUGUUUCAUAAGCUGAGAGAGGAUUUAUUGCGUGUGUUGUUGCGUGUGUUUCGGCAUGAACUUCUGGACUCUUUAACAAGUCGACGCCUGCAAACCCAGAUUCCGUCUGGCAAACCUUCAGCCUGGACCCCGGUCGCUUACUGGUGCUUUGUCAAAUUUUCUAUCUUCUGAUUUGUAAUGAAGCCCUGUGGCCUACGUGGUCAGUCGGAGGACUAAAAAGACUCGAAUUCACUUUCACGUGACCAUUACAUUGUGCAAUAUAUACCAUCAACCUUUCUUCCGUCCAUACUCCUCCGGAGCUGGUUUUGUGUUGUUUUUUUAACUGUUUUUUGUUUUGUUUUUUGCAAUUGUUGCUGAUUUAAGCAAAAGACUGGAACUUCAAACACCCCCUUUUCAAAACUUGGAUUUCCUCCAGGCCUCCGAUUCCCCUGAAACUGUUGGGGAAACUGCAAAGAGGAAGAAGCCGCUGGAGAAGUGUGCAUGCAGCAGAUUAUACUGACAAUAGGCACACCACGAUGCACACUUCCUCUCUGCACGCUACAGCCACACCCAACAGAGACUGAAACUUCAGCGGGUUUUGGGGGGUUCUGGGUUCUGGCACAACACCAAAUAAGAGGGGUUUCUCCUAAUGCAGUAGACCUACGAGUGUUCCUUGCGUUUGGUACUGUACAAACAGACGAGACUGAGACUUUUAUAGAUUCAAAGGGUUUGAUCAUAGCACUUAUGAAGAGCAAAUCACUUCAACUGCAAUCCAAUAAAUCCAAAAAAAUAAUAAGGAGCAGCAAAGACAUUGCAAACCAGAAGAAAUACUGCUCUUUAAAGUACUGUAUCUAUUCCAUGGAAAUGUGUGUGUCGUCGUUCCUCUGGUAGCAGGAUGAAGGGAAACGCAACUGUAUUGUUGGACUUAUGGGCAAAAGAAAAAAAAAAGUUGCAGAGCUGUUUUUUUUUUUUUUCUGCCCAGUUUUUGAACUAUAUCAAAGUGAAAAUCACUGUUACUCCAAAUCGUUCGCCUUGUUCUGCUUGGAGGCACAAGACUUGCAAUGUCAGCUUUCUCCGAUACUCCUGGACAGUAAGCCAGCCAGACAGCCAGCCAAUGGGUGGAUGAGUCAGAGUGGAGCGGAGGGGGGGUGGGGGUGGGGGGGAGUGUCCACCGAGUGCCUCUUUGCUGUGGUCCUCUGGGUGUCGGGCAGCAGCCCCACAGUGCAGAACUUCCUCCUGGGCUCCACUUCACCCUUCCUCCAUUUGAAGCAGUUCCCCCCCCACAACUGGCCAAUCGUGGCUCUCUGCCGCCCACAGCAUCUCCCACGGGGGGGGGGGGGUCAACCUCCCCUUAUCUCUCAGUACUUUGACACAGAGAUCACUUUAGCUGGAAGAUGUAUUAGUCAUGUUUCUGGAUUCUUUUUCUUUUUGUAUUCUGAUCAUUUGACCUUUUCAGAUUUUUUUUUUCAUGUUGAUUUACAUGCAGUGGUCUGCAAAUUACUGGCUGCUGAACAAGCCCUUCACUGUUCAUAUGCAGAAACACUUUGGUCAGAGGUGCCUCUGUAUGUUCAUCCUGUGUAUUGAAUGCAAAAUGAGGAUCAGUACUACAGACCGUUAAUGAUUGUGAAUUGUGUUGAACUGCUCAUGCUUUUGUGUUUGACAGUAUUCUGUAGUACUUCCAGGUUAGUACCUUGAGUUGUGUUUAAAAAAAAAAAAAGAAGAAAAAAAAAAGGGUUUCUCAGACAGGGACGUGUGUGUUUGCCGCUCCAAGCUGCUUCGCCUGUUCUCCAUCUGCCCCUCGCCCUCCUCUGGUCCUCUGCCUAGCUGCUAGCCACAUCCUCCUCCUCGACCAGACCCAGUAGCCCUCCCCUGACCAGGCACCAACAGCCCCUUGAAUCUGUUUCUAUGCAAAAGCAAAAAGCCUAAAGGCUGGGGGGCCUUGACAGCACCUGAAACUUGACUGUCCCCGGUCCGCGCCCGCCAGUCAGCACUUCAAAACGGCCACCGCCUCGCUUAAAGUCAGACCAAGCCACUGGAACUUUGUCACAUUUAAGUCAGAACACUUGAUCCAAGGUCAGCCUUUUUCCUCUCUGCGCUGAAGACACUUCUGUCCAGCUUGAUCUCAGGGUUGGGGAGUGGAUGAUAGCAUGUGUGAGAUGCAGCUCUCCGUUUUUAUCGGUCCUCUCUGCUGCGAGAGCCAAAAAAAGGGUGGGGGGGGGGCAUCUAAGCAACAUUAGAGCUCAUGCCUUCUAGUGUGACCCACUCUGCAGGGGAGGAGGCCUGCAUGAAGCCCUUCUGCUCUCUGGUUGUGGACAACAUCUGUGCUUGUGAACGGUGCCAACAUAUUGUGCCAAUCUAAACCUGUGUCAUAGCUAAUAGAAAGUUUCUGUUCAACCUAUGGAGGAGCUUUCAGAACCCUUUUACGAGGGGGGGGGCAGACGGGUUUAAAGAAAACAAAGGGCGGCAGCAUCACACACUUCAGUGGCUGAGAUGUUUUUUUUUGUGUGCUUUCUGUGGGGCGAAAUCUAUACUCAGUUUUGGGGGGGGGGGUCACAGUUUGCUACAGUGCACAGUUGAUGAUGGGUAAUCCCGGGUACAUAUUUUUUUAAAACCAAAAAGAAAUUGCAUUUUAACAUCAUUUUUAUGAAGUUUGACAUAAAAAUCAUUUAAAAAAAUGCUUAAAAAAUCUAAAUGGGGAAAAAAAAAAUCUAUAAUAUGUUGAGCUCUGCACUUCUAGCUGAAACGUCUCCAGCUAUGAGCCUAUACUACCACCAACGAAAAGAGGUGGAGCAUUGACCGGGGCUCUGUUUUAUUUUAUUUUAUUUUUUUUUUCCUUUUUUAUCUUUGUGGAAGCUGUAUCUAUCUCGUUUUGUGUCCCGCUCAAAGCGGGCCCACUGAAUUGUACAUUUCCACCAACCCAGACGGCUUCGGCCCUCUGAGUCAGCCUCACUCUCUCAUCCUGCAGCAGCAGGACUGGAGAGGCACUUUUAGGAGGUACAAUGUCUUAAAAAGCAAAGGAGUUAAAAAAAAAAAAAAGAAUAAAUAAAUGAGAAAAGGCUACCUUUCAGGACUUGGAGUCCUGCAGCACACAAGCAAAAAUCACUAUGGCCUGUUUCUGCAACUGCCUUGAUCCAAGCUCAGACAGACCCGACAGUCGAGGACCUCCCAGCAUCCUGUACAAACUGGAGAACCCUGACAGUUGGGGUGGGGGGGGGGGUUCCCAUGCUGCACCAGCAUUGAGAGGUUCUCCUCUCUACAGCUCUGCUCUCUACACCAGUAUAUAUGUGUACACGCCAUAUAUACACAAGUACAGUGCGUUGUAUCACCUCUUCAGACUUCUUGAAUCGUAACCUCUGAAACUUUUUUGUUUGUGUGUGUGUGUGUGUGUGUGUGUGUGUGUGUGUUGGAAAGGUCCUGAAUUACGACAGCUGAAAAAGAGCAAUAUGUAUUUUCUCUGCAAAUAAGUGGCACAGAGAAAACAAAUUUGGGUUGGGUGCAAACUUGAUACUUAUUGGAGUGAAAGCUACGACUUUCUUACCUGUUGCUUAUGCACGUUUGGAGGACGUACGGCAAGGGUCGUCUGUCUUAAAGCCCAACCGGCUUUGAUGCAAAUUGUACCCAGUUGAAACAAAUCACAGACAUAUCAAAACAUAGCAUGUGUGUAGUGUAUAUAUAUAUAUAUAUAUAUAUAUAUAUAUAUACACUUGAAUCAUUGAGCGCCAAUUACAAAAUGUGAAGUCAGUAAUUGUUUAUGUUCUGUGCAUCUGACAGGUACACUUUUAGAGAAUAUCAGACAUGUACUGGGUUAAAUCACAACCAUAGAGAUGUUUUUAAAAGACGUUAGAUGUGCGCUUGUAAGUUAGAUGCUUGUAUGACUGUGUGCUUGGGAAACUGUACAGGACACUCAGCCUGCUGUUUUGUUCCACCCGCUGUGUUUCAUUUGUGCGUUUUAUUUUUGUGUGUGGUCAUAAUCUCUUCAGAUCGACGUUCUCUUCUAAUGUUGCACUGAGUGUCUUCUGCCCCUGACUCAGCUAAUCCUAGGCAAACGAGACAAGGGGGGGGCCGACAUUGACAAUUCAUGUGUACAUGUUUACUCAAGGACUCCCCCGCCCCCCUUCCCGUCAUUCUGUCUGUAAAAAGUUUAUCUACCUUAUAGUGGCUUUUAUUGUGAAAUAAUCCAAGGAUUAUUGAUAAGUAUUGCACCAUUUUAUUUUAACUAUAGGAAAACUGUAGCAACAAAAAAAAGAAGAAAAUGAUAAAAGCUUUAAAAAAAAUAGAAAAAGGGAAGAAAAAACGUAAAAACAAAGAGCUGUGGUUUUAGAUCUUUAGCUGUUGAAGGACUAGUAAUCCUGAUGUUGACUCCAUGGAGGAUUGGAAAGGGAUGAUGUGAGAGUUUUGUUACGAGACUCAGUUCAGAGGUGCCUGCCUUUUCCGUCUGUGUUUUGCGAAAGCCACCUGUCGUUUACAAGCAUUUGAUUCAUCUGACAAAAUAGAACAGGAAUGUUUUUGGAGAUCAAUUCAUCCUGCAUCAACUAUGGACAUGAAACUCAAGCAAAAUGAAGAGAACUCUGGGAUUGAUCAGUGUUGUCAAAUGUUUCAUUUCUCUUUCAGUGACUGUGUAUGAAGUUUUGAUGCCAUUUUUCUUUUUUCUGUGAUGCUGCGAAAAGCAGGCCUGCUCACUAUCUUGCACACUCAUUAAAUAUGUGGAUUUUUUUUUUUUUUUUUUUUGUCUCAGGAAAGGCCAGGGUUCCAGAAACCAACUGCAUCAUUUCUUAGUUCAGUGUUGGUGUGAAAAGAAUGCAACUGAAACUAUUCAAGCAAGCACUGAAGGCUUUUAGGUCGUCACGGCAGAGAAAAUAACGGGUUUUUUUUUUUUUUGGGGGGGGGGGGUCUCUGCUUUUGUUUUGCUCUCAAAAUGGCAGAAAUGUGAUGGAAGUUGCAUAUUUACCAAAUAAGACUGAAAAAUCAAAUUUGUCGCAAUGGAGCGCUUUACAUGUGAAGUUUAGGUAGAAGUUGCUUUACACUGAAACCAUGAUCAAUGUUAGAAAAAAAAACUGUCAGAAGAGGCUUUUGUCCUCUUUAAGGUUCCAUCCAGGAGCAUCGUGCAAGAUUUUCUUUUUUUUUCCUGAAUCAUCUCACGUGUCUGUUGUUGAAACAUAUCUGUACCUGGGACAGGUGUGGAGGGGUGGAGACAUUUCUUUAUAGAACAGGUGGUUUUUAAGAAGCAGGUCGAAAGGGAGGAAGGACGCCGUUUUCUGUUUUUUUAAGGAUUCUGAUCUAUGCACAAGUGAAGAGGGGCGACUCCGAGCUGUCGCAGGUGACGUGCCGCUGCUCGCACUCUGGAGUUGUUGAUGUUGGUGGGUUUUUUUGUUUUGUUUUUUUUUUGGGGGGGGGGGUCUUUGUCUUUGAAAUCCCCUUCAACCCCUGAACUUCAUCUAAUGUUUUAGCAAAACUUGACAUGGUGUCGUUAUGCUGUGUAAUCCUUAACCAAUGAGCGCUUAUCCUGCUAAAGCACUGUGGGUUGUACUUCAAAGAAAAAGACAAAAAAAAAUCCCUGACUCGAAGGCUAUCUCUUUUUCUUUUGUUGUUUUUACUUCUUUUUUUUGGGGGGGGGUACUUUGCCUUUCUCUUCUUCACUUUGGGACAAAAGCAUUAAGGAAAAAUGUCUGUAACUGAAAUGCAAAGUUGUGGCUUUUAAUAUUGUUCUUCUUUUCUCCUCAUAGAAUGUGAUUGUUACAAACAUGCAUCAGAAAAAAAAAUGUUUCCAUGGAUGAUGGAGCUUCUUUCAGACUAUAUUAAUAAAUACAAUUUUUCUUGGCUGUUA